UGCUGAUUUGAAACAACGUCUCCGCUCAUAAAAAUGUGCAGUUGCCAUAAAACAGUGACGUUUUUGAUUGCACGACUUUUUAACGCGUCUUUUUAAACGAGUGGAUACUCUCCUCAGAGAGAAAGAAAACAUUACAUGCAAUGAAAGCAUCUCACCUAUUAGAGUCACAGACGAUGGAAUUCACACUGAGAUCUCCAGUGUGAGAGAGUGAAGAGCUCGAAGGAUUUACAUUCUUCUCCAUUUAACGAUAAAGUCAAGAUCUGAGAGCAUGGGUUGGCAAGGGGUCCUAUGGCUUUUGACAUCAUUUGUUUCGAGUGUAACGGUGGCUGGAACAACAGAGAUGAAAGCAGAACCCACUACAGAGUUAUCCCUUAUGCCUGUCAUGAUGGUAAUGGAGAGAGAAAGGCAGAUCAUGACUCAGUCUCAGUAUAAAUGUCUGGAGCUUCUGAGCCAUGAUGGACCCCAUAAUAAAACAGGUUCAUUCUGCAGCAGAUUCUGGGAUGGCUUGCUCUGCUGGGAUAAAACCCCAGCUGGAACCUAUGCCUCUCAAAACUGCCCAGACUACCCCAGCUUUGACCCCUUAGAAAAAGUAACCAAAUACUGUGAUGAAUCUGGUAGUUGGGUGCACAGUUCAUCCACCAAUAAGACCUGGUCCCAUUGUCUCACAUUCUCAAAGGAAAAAGUAAAGACAUUACCAGUUCAUGGCUUUUUGGAGACAGAGAUGGAUCCUACAGCUGAGAGUCAGGUCAGCCCUGUAGUGACUCAGAAAGCAGAGGAGAGGAAGAAGAUCAUCAAUGGUCAAUAUAAAUGCUUUGAGAAAAUGAACAGAGACCUGCCAUAUAACAAAUCAGGUCCAUAUUGUAACCGGACUUGGGAUGGCUGGCUUUGCUGGGAUGACACUCCAGCAGGAAUGUACACAUCUCAAAACUGUCCCAACUACUUUCCUGACUUUGACUCUACUGAAAGGGUCACAAAGUAUUGUGAUGAGACAGGAAACUGGUUCAGGCACCCAGAGACUAACAGGACAUGGUCCAACUACACCCUGUGCAUUGCUCACACCAAGGACAAGCUCAAGAUGGCGUAUAUAUUAUAUUACAUGGCGAUUGUGGGUCAUGCUCUGUCUAUAGUAUCUCUUCUCAUCUCCCUGGCAAUAUUCUUUUAUUUCAGGAGUCUGAGCUGUCAGAGAAUCACACUGCACAAGAACUUGUUCUUCUCAUAUGUGCUCAACUCAGCCUUCACUAUCGUCAACCUCAUAACUGUGGUCAACAACCCCAAAGUGGUGCAAAGGAAUCCGAUUGGUUGCAAAGUGCUGCACCUCUUCCACAUGUACAUGCUGGGCUGUAACUAUUUCUGGAUGUUGUGUGAGGGGAUUUACCUGCACACUCUCAUCGUGGUAGCCGUUUUUGCAGAGGAGCAGCAUUUGCACUGGUAUUAUCUUCUAGGCUGGGGCUUCCCCUUGGUGCCUGCAUCAAUCCAUGCUGUGGCAAGGAAAAAGUACUUUGAUGACAACUGCUGGAUGAGUGUAGAGACACAUCUGCUCUAUGUGGUUCAUGGCCCCAUUAUGGCAGCUUUAUUAGUAAAUCUAUUCUUUCUGUUAAAUAUUGUGCGGGUGUUGGUAACAAAGCUGAGAGAUACGCACCGAGCUGAGUCUAACAUGUAUAUGAAGGCUGUGAGGGCCACCCUCAUUUUGGUGCCAUUAUUGGGCAUUCAGUUUGUCAUUUUCCCAUGGCGGCCAGAGAACCGGCUUGCAGGAGAGAUAUACGACUACAUCAUGCACAUAUUAAUGCAUUACCAGGGAUUGCUGGUGGCAACUAUAUUCUGCUUUUUCAAUGGAGAGGUCCAGGCAGCUUUGAAGAGGCAGUGGAUGCAAUACAAAGCCCAGUGGGGCCAGCGGAGACGCGAACACUGCUCCAUGCGUUCCACCUCAUACACCGCCACUUCGAUCACUGAGGUGCCUGCUUUCAUGUACCACCAUGACUGCAACAGCGAACACUUAAAUGGUAAACAAACUGAAGACUCAGAGCUAGUGGCCCUCAAGAUGGGUGAGACAUAUGCCUGAAAGGUUUGAGGAACGUUAGAAAGAUUCCUGGAAGGAAGAGAUUUUAUAAAACUGGAGAAUGUAGACUACGGUGAAACAACUUUGACUGAGCGCUCACAAAAUCCCACAUCACAGACAGCACUUACAAGUCAACAGAACAUCAAAGCCUGUGUCUUGAAACCACCGAUUCUGUUGAGAGAUUACUCAAUGCAUUGUUUAUCUUUGUUACAGCUCUGCUUCUGUGAGUUGGAACUAAAAGAAAAAAAACACUAUGGACACAGGACCCAUUUUUAAAAAUCUGUCUAAUAAAGCUGCUAGUUUCAGGCCCCCCCUCAUCCUUUUUGCCGCAAACGAUGAAAGUUACUUUGCAGAAACCAAAGGACGUUGUUGAAUUGUGGGAUAUGGAGUGUUUGUCUAAUGUCCUGGGAGAUGAUUCUCCUAAGGACAGACUACAAUGUCUGUCAAUGAACAAAGGAAAGCUCUUCUGUGCCUGAAUCGUGUUCAUUCUCUAUUUGGUUAAAUUGUCAAAGGAGGUUACAGACAUCUGUCUGACGGUCACUUUGCAACUGAAAAUAGCUUUUAAUCUGUCUCGCGAAACUCCUGACUGCUUUAUUGUUUUUGCAGCUGUACUUUUUUGCCUUGUCUGUGUUGCAAAGGGGGUGUGGAGAAAAAAGAUAAGGAAAAUGGACAAUUUUAGGAGUGCUUUCAAGUGGAUUCAUAGACCUGUGCAUAACAAAUCUAUUCUGAAAACAAAAUUAUAAAAAAGAGAUGGAAAUAUAUUUAAUAACCUCUCAUGUUUCAGAGUGCAGAUUUUAUUUAUUAAUUCUGUUUUUGUCUGGAGGCAUCUUUUCAGUGUUUUGGGGUGCUAUUUUACCAGUAAGUACAUUUUCCCUCUGGGUAACCAAAAUCCACCGUCGAUGAAUGCAGCAAAUAUAGUUAAUCCAUUCAGUUAAGUUUUUUUUUGUUUUUUGUGUUUUUUUAGCCAGUAACCAACAAUUCUCCUUUUUUGAUUUGCUUUUAUUUUAUAACAAAAUACUUGUUGGACUGACCAACCCAGUCUGAUGGCAAGUCAUAAUAAUUAGUAUGAAAUGGUGAAAUUGUAAGAAAUAACUGGCUCCUACUCCCAUAGAGAAUCAGUGAACAAUGUUAUUACUAUUUUUCCUAAAUUUAACCCCUAACCCAAACCUGAUUUUAAUACGGAAGAAAGAGAAAUGUCUUGGUUACAUGAAAUGUAACCCUGGUUCCCUGAGUGGGAACGAGACGCUGCAUAAUCGCAUUGGGACAUGCCCUGAGUGUCACAUGGUCUGAAGCCCUUGUGCAAUCACGGCAAUUUAUGGCCGGUGGCGCUUAAGUGAUGCCCCUAGGGAGCUAUGUCACGGGCUCCAUAAAAGCACUCGCUUUGGCGCCAUUGAGUCAGAUUUUCUGCAGAAAGGCACAAGCCUAUGCAGCUGCUAGAGAGUAUGGCCAGCUUACGCAGCAUCUCGUUCCCACUCAGGGAACCAGGGUUACGUUUCAUGUAACCAAGACUUUCCCUUUCAUAGGAACUCGAGCUGCAUAAUCGCAUUGGGAAUGAUAUACAUUCACGGCAUGCAAACAGUAGAUGCCAACUGUCUAUGCCUGUGUGGCAAGCAUAUAGCGGCACACAAGCAAGCUAAAGCAUCUGAAUAAAACAGAGAAAAUUAUGAGUUUACUCCUGUUCCAACAGAGAGAACCUGGGAAGCAGGAGUCAAACCCUCAUCCAGAUUAUAAAAUCUAACAAAUGUAUGAGGAGAGGACCACUUGGCCACCUUACAAAUGUCCUCCAAGGAUGCACCUCUAGCCAAAGCCCAUGAAGAUGCCAUGCUCCUUGUAGAAUGGGUUCAAAUACCUGAAGGCGAAGGUAAACCACGCACUUCUUAAGCAUCAGUAAGCCAAUAAAACAGCCUUUGCUUGGACACUGAAACACCCCUAUUGCAGCCACCAAAGCACACAAACAACUGUUCUGACUUACGCCACUGGCUAGUACAAUCAACAUACACUCGCAGCGUCCAAACUGGGCAAAGCAUAUACAAUCUUUCAUGCUCCUCCAACUCAAAUGGGGGAGGAUAGAAAGCCUGAAAAUACAUAAUCUGCAAGCUAAAUGAUGUAGAAACGACCUUGGGCAAAUAGUACAAAUGAAGUCUUAACACCAGUUUUAAACGCCCUGGCGCAAAAUCCUUACAUAAGGGAUUUAUCGACAGGGCAUGCAAAUCACCAACCCAUUUAAACGAUGCCAAUGCUACUAGCAGGGCCGUUAUAAAGUCAGAAACUUAUAGCGACUGUUGCCAAAGGCUCAAAUGGAGCACUCAAGAGCACCUCUAAAACAGCAGAUAAAUCCCAUAAGGGAAUGCGGAUUGGACGAAAAAGUCUAAGCCUGCGUACCCCAUGCAUAAAACGAGAGACAAGAGAAUGUCUACCGACAGAGACUCCAUUGAUAAGCGCAUGCUCAGCAGCAACAGUGGCAACAUAGACUUUAAGCAUUGCCAGGGCAACCCCAGCCCCAAAACGCUCUUUUUCACCUCACGCUGUACACCAAGAAGCAAAAAUAUGCCACUUGAACAUAUAAAGCUAUCUAGUUGAUGGCACUCUAGCAUUCAGAAUGGUAUCAACCACAGCAGAGGAUAACCCAUUAUUCAAAAGAGCGCCCCGUUGAGGGGUCAUACCCAUAACUUCCACAAGUCCGGCCAGGGUUGCCAAAUGCUGCCCCAGACCUGAGAUAAUAUAUCUGUUCUGACUGGAAUCACCCAAGGCAUUUCCUCCAGGAGAGAGACCACAGUCCAAAACCAUACUUGAGAUGGCCAAAACAGCGCCACUAACAGAAGCCAAACCCGGUUCUCUCGAACUCUCUGCAGAACUGCAUGCAGAAGACUGAACAGUGGGAACACAUAAAGACACGUUGUCAGCUACUGAGUGGCCAACUCAUCGAUGCCAGUGAUGCUGUGGGGAGAGAGGGAAAACCAGAGGGGACAGUGUGAUGUCUCGCUUGAAGCGAACAGGUCCACUUCCGCUCUGCUGAACCUUCUCCAGAUUUGUUCCAUAAUCUGGAGGUGUAAUGUCCACUCUCCAGGCAUCAAGCCCUGUCUGGACAGGAGAUCCGCCCCCAAAUUCAGCUGGCCCGGGACAUGCACAGCUGGUAGAGAAAGCACAUUGUCCCAUGCCCACAGAAGAAUGUGACGUGCCAGUCUCAGCAUGGCAUGAGAACCAUCUUCCCUGGCAAUUGAUGUAGGACACCACCAUCCUGUUGUCCGACUGGAUGAUGCCCUGAAACUCCGGGAGGAAAAUCUUUAAUGCCAUCAGCACCGUGAACAUCUCCAGACAGUUUAUGUGCCAAUAUUUCCGCUGGUCUGUCCAAACCCUGUAGGCUGGACGACCCUUGUAUACAGCCCCAACCCAUGGAGGAGUUGUCUGUCCUUAUAACUUUGCGGUGACACACCUCUCCCAACGAAACACCCCUUUUUACAUCAAAAGGUGGGUCCAUUUCCAUGGUAACAGAGUUCAGUAGUAACCACACGUCACUUCGUAGAGGCAUGCAUCAGUGGUUGAAGUCCCUUUGUGGAGUUCAUUCAGCACUGAAAAGGUCUCGCAUGCAACCUGCCCAGGGGAAUGACAUCGGAAGCCCACAAAAGCUCAUGACCCACAAAAGCCUGUGAAAUGUCCUUGCAGGGAGAACACUCUGAACAUCACUAGACACUGGCGAAAUGACAGAACGCAAACGUAUUUUUUUUAAAUACCUUGCAUCUCCUGAUAGCAUCCUGAAAGAAUAAUGGCACAGAUGAAGCGCUCGUGCAUUGGUUCGCCAUCACUCCAUUGGGAAAUAUUCUCUUAUUCCAGCCCCCUCGUUCUGCGGCCAGGCUCUUCAGUCCAUGCAUGAUCCCCUGCGCCGCAAGCAAUAUGCUUUGAAUGGGGAGGGGAGAGAGAAAAGCCAGGGCCACUCCUCCAUUGCUUUAUUCAUGUGCAUUCUCCCAGAAUGACACAGAAAAAGACAAUAGGGACAAAGGGGCCAAUUUGCUUCCUUACCUUCAACGACGAAUUCUCUCAUACAGCGUUUCUAAUAGCGAUGGCUCAAGACAUGCAUGGUAACUUUUGCACGCUUGUUUGUAAGAAAAUGGCUGCCGAGCUAGGCCUCGGAGCAUGUCUGACGAGACUCACGCUUUCACUAAAGGGGAGGGUGAGAAACAUGAGGAAGAAUCCGAUGUCCGUUCACACUCCAAACUUCUCUGCCAAAAAACCCAAACUGGCCCCCGCACAUGGAGCUCCAAUCUGGAGGCCAUGGAACUGGAGUAAUGUGGUGAUAAUGCCUCGUGGUGAGAAAUUGCAAGCCUUGAACAGCGCCGCUGUCCCCGUUGGACCCUUGUUAUGUUUGGGGGGAAAAAAACAUUAAAAUUGCCCUGAAAUUACGCUGUAUAAAACGACGUGAGUCGCUUCUUAAAUUCCAUCCUGUGUUGUCACUCAAAAUGGAGAAUAAUAGUGAUCCUUGCUUCGAUGUGAGUCGUUGGUACAACACAGGCCAGAUGAGAUCCUGCAUUGAAGAACAGAAUAUCUGACUCGGUGGCGCCAAAGCGAGCGCUUUUAUGGAGCCCAUGAUGUAGGGGCGUCGCUUAAGCACCACCAGCCAAUAAAUUGGUUUGAUUGUACAAGGGCUUCAGACCACAUGACACUCAGGGCGUGUCCCAAUACGAUUACGCAGCUCGAGUUCCUACGAAUGGGAACAUCAGGGGAUUGAAGUGUUCUUAUGAUUUUUCCUGUUUUUUUCCCAUAAGCCAAACCUAAACCUAACCAUAAAGUCUAACCCCUAUUAGGAAAAUAACUUCAGACCACAGAAGAAAGAAAACAUUGGGUUUGAAACAAGAAGAAUGAAGCAUGUUACAGCUUACUGACAUCAUUCAUUUGCACUGCAUAAAUAUAGAAUGAUUAUCCAAAUUUGUUCACUGACGUUUCCUUUCUAAAAAAUAAAGUGUUGGAUAGGAGGCUAGCUAAAAUGUGACACCAGUAUUGUAUCAGUACAAUUUUUGUUUCCCUGUACCCGAUUCUCUUAAGACCCAUUCAUGACUGCUGUGUGCAUUUUCCAUUUCCCUUUUUGAUUUGUAACUUGUAGCACCUCAUACACAUGAAAAACUAAUUCUAGAGCAAAUAGUUUUCCUAAAAACUGAUGCCCACAUAUAUGUAUAGCGGUACUAAACUGUAAAAUAUUAAAUAAUAUCAAGCUACAGAAUGUCAGAGUUUUUUUUAAAUAAAAUAGUUGAUUAUGUUUCUUCGAAUGUUGGUAAUUCAUGUUUUUAAGACGUUACAGACAUCACAGCUUAUUUUCUGUAGAGCUGCUUUGGAACAGUGUGUACUGGGAAAAGCACAAAUAAAACUGUACAAAUAAAUAUUAUUUGACUUAAUUUGACUUUGGUUACAACGUUU